CGGAAAUGAUGCUUUGCUAGUACUCUCUCUCAUCAUUCAAAAUCAAAAGCUCAUCACACAUCACAGUCCCAAUGAGGAAGAAGCAAUCUCCAUUCAUAAUCACCAUCACAACCCUUUUUGUUCUCCUCCUCUCCAUCUUCACAGUGGAAGGGGCUAAGAAGACAUAUGGGGUGGUUGGCAGCAGCAAUGGGAAUGUGAAAUUGUUUGUGUUUGGGGAUUCAUACGUAGACACUGGCAAUUUCAUUCACUCGCAGUCGUAUAAGCCUCCCUGCGGAAUCACAUUUCCUGGCCAUCCUGGCGGAAGAUUUUGCGACGGUCGUGUCCUCACCGAUUAUCUUGCUUUGUACCUGAAAAUUGAUUCACCCAUACCAAACGCAUAUAGAAAUGCAUCAAACAUUCAAAAUGGAAUUAACUUUGCCUAUGGAGGAACUGGGGUAUUUGAUACCCAUAUUGAUGGACCAAAUUUGACUGCACAAAUCAACACAUUUGAGCAGCUAAUUCAACAAAAUCUCUACACCAAAACAGACCUUCAAUCUUCCUUCGCUCUUGUCAACGCCGGUGGUAAUGAUUAUACCGCACAUAUACAACAUGGCAGCUUCUUUGACAUACCAAAAUUCACUAAAUCCCUUGUGGAGCAACUGGCAAGAGAUAUUAAACGAAUCCAAAGCUUGGGAGUGGGGAAAGUGGCAGUGUCGCUAAUACAACCAAUGGGGUGUUUGCCUGAGCUAACUGUCAUAGAUAUGCAUAUGAAUUGCAUUGACCUUGUUAACAAAGUCUCCCAAAACCACAACCAACUGUUGAAUGAUGCGAUCAAACAGUUCAACACUCAAGCUGGUAAAACCGUUUUGGUAACACUAGACCUCUACAACGCUUUCCUCUCCGCAAUUGAUACAAUGCACAAAGCACACGAUAGAAACUCAAGCUUGAUGAAUCCAUUGGAGGAGUGUUGUGUGGCAAACAUGGGACAUGAAUGUGGGGAUGUGGAUGAGAAAGGAGCAAAACAAUAUAAAGUAUGUCAAAAUCCUAGUCUUGCAUUCUUCUGGGACACCGUUCACCCGUCACAAAAUGGUUGGAACGCAAUCUUCACUUUGUUGCAACCUUCUAUAGCCCAAUUCACACUACUGUAAAAACUUGGUGUCAUAUAUGAAAUUCUAUUCUGUUUUUGCUUUUAAGUUUAGAAUCCUCAUCAGCAGCACUGUAAAAUCCUAAACUAGAAUAUGGUUUAGUUACUAAUUUAUAAUAAUGUU